CCUGACCAAGUGGUUUUUAAACUGUGUUCCCCCUGCCCCCCAGCCCUAAGGGUGCCCGCCCUCUUCUAAUCUAACCUCGUGCCAUCGUGGAGUUCUGCUAUCAUAUGUUACUGAGAUGUGUUUGAAAGCCUCCGGUUUCGUCUGCCUGGUCGCAGUGGGGGUCCCUGCAGGAGCAUGGUUAGUUUCCUGGGAAUAGUUCGUUGCCGAGGAGUGAGUCCUGGUGCCCGCAUUCCGUCCUCUGAGCUUGGGCAAGUCACGGAGCCUUCCUCUCUUUCCCUGUGGAACGGAUCAUAAUCUAUUGAAAGUCUCUGAACCUUCUUCUCUUUACCUGUAGAACGGAUUGUUAUCUAUUUCAAGCCCCUGGCAGAGGGGAACGACCUCAAAGGGGACGGUGAUGGCCCAGAGAGGGACAGUGGCUUGCGUGGAGAUGCACAGCAUCCGCUCUCUCCUAUUCAGUGCUUCAUGCCGUCAUUGAUUCACCAGACGCCCACUCCAUGUCCGGUGGGACCCUGGGGACCCCUGAUGGACACUGCAAUGGAAGCCAACCUGGUUGCCGCUGGCCGUGGGCCCCGCACAGAGCUCGAAGACGAGGACUACUACCCCCAGGGUGGCUGGGACACGGUCUUCCUGGUGGCCCUGCUGCUCCUGGGGCUGCCCGCCAACGGGCUCAUGGCGUGGCUGGCCGGCUCGCAGGCCCGUCAGGGAGCGGGCACGCGGCUCGCCCUGCUCCUGCUCAGCCUGGCCCUCUCGGACUUUCUCUUCCUGGCGGCAGCUGCCUUCCAAAUCCUGGAGAUCCGGCACGAAGGGCACUGGCCGCUGGGGACGGCCGCCUGCCGCUUCUACUACUUUCUGUGGGGUGUGUCCUACUCCUCCGGCCUCUUCCUGCUGGCAGCCCUCAGCCUGGACCGCUGCCUGCUGGCGCUGUGCCCUCGCUGGUACCCUGGGCACCGCCCAGCCCGCCUGCCCCUCUGGGUCUGUGCCGGGGUCUGGGUGCUGGCCACGCUCUUCAGCGUGCCCUGGCUGGUCUUCCCCGAGGCCGCCGUCUGGUGGUACGACCUGGUCAUCUGCCUGGAUUUCUGGGACAGCGAGGAGCUGCCGCUGAGGAUGCUGGAGAUUCUGGGGGGCUUCCUGCCUUUCCUCCUCUUGCUCGUCUGCCACGUGCUCACCCAGGCCGCCGCCUGCAGGACCUGCCGCCGCCGCCAGCCCAGGCCCACGGCCUGCCGUGGCUUUGCCCGCGUGGCCAAGACCAUUCUGUCGGCCUACGUGGUCCUGCGGCUGCCCUACCAGCUGGCGCAGCUGCUGUACCUGGCCUUCCUGUGGGACGUCUACCCCGGCUACCUGCUCUGGGAGGCGCUGGUCUACUCUGACUACCUGAUCCUGCUCAACAGCUGCCUCAGUCCCUUCCUCUGCCUCCUGGCCAGCGCUGACCUCCGGGCCCUGCUGCGAGCCGUGCUCUCCUCCUUCGCCGCUGCUCUCGGUGAGGAGCGGCCAGGCAGCUUCGCGCCAGCCGAGCCGCAGACCCAAGUGGACUCUGGGGAUCAGACUCUGCCAGGGCCAGUGGCUGAGACCCAGCCACCAGCAAACCCCGGGGCCCAGCCCCAGGUGGACCCCGCAGCCCAGCCACCGGGGAACCCUGUGAUCCAGCCCCAGGUGGACCCCACGGCCCGGCCCCCGGUGGACCCCACGGCCCAGCCUCAGUCAGACUCAGUGGCCUCAUCUCAGCUGAACCCCAGGGCCAAGCCGCAGGCAAGCCCCGAGGCCCAGCCCCCUGGACCCACUGCCAGCUCAGCCCCCAGCCCCUGUAACGAAGCCUCCUCUGCCCCAUCCGUGGAUUCCACCCCAGAGGCCCCUGUAGGCCUGGCCACACCGGCUCCCUCUGAGAGAGAAAGACCCAGCCAGGCCCCCGAAGAGGAGCCGCCGGGUGCAGGCCCCACGUGAAAGUCCAGGGAAGCCCAGGAAAGAGCGGGGGAGGCAGAGGAAGCCGCCCGCCAGAGAGGACGGAGACUGUGGAGGAAGGCCCUGAGUCCCCGGGGCCUGGCAGCUGGACUUGGGGGACGUGGCCUUGAAGCAGCCAAAAGUCGUGGACAGUUUGUUGUGAGUGUUGCACUCUCGCCUGGGUCCCUGCAAGCUCUCCGUACUGGCCCGCACGUGGCAGCCGAACAGCCCCCUGAGCUGUCACUGCUGAUGACCUGCCAUGCUCUGCCCUCCAGUGUCCUCAGACCCCACCGAUGGUUUCCCCCUGAGCCUCAGUCCUGCAGGAGAAAGACAGCGACUUCCCCAGGACUGAUCUGACCUCCCCUGGAUCUUGCCCCACCCGCCUCCCUUCCUGUCCCAUCCACUAACCUGGCACGAGAAGCCAAAGGAGCAAGUCCCUGCAGAGAAGGGAUGCAUUCAGGAGCCACCAGGAGCCAUCAGGAGCCUGGGACCUUAAGAGCCCAUCAGCUGGCCUGAUGUGGCCAAGCCCUCUGCAUCAGCCCCCGACUCCCAACAGGCAGUGAGGCCGGGGCAAGACUUCCCUCAGUACAGUGGUGGGUGCAGAGGCAGGAGCUGGCAAGCCCAAGUUCAAAUCUGGCUCUGGGUGACUCUGGACAAGCUGACUCACCCUCUGAGCCCCUGUUUCUUCUGGCAUGAGGAUUAAAUGAGAAAGUGUGGGGA